GGUAGUGAAAAGCUGUAUAAAAUUGGUGUGAUCUUUUGAACUCUGAUGAAGUAUGAGUUGAAAUAUAACAGUGGGUUAUCUUCUUCAAUAAAAAAAUUGGAAGAAUAUAUAAAACAAGAGAGCCCUAUCACUUCUGUUCAGGAGAUAUGGGCUAUGGCUACACAACCGGGUUAGUUGUCACCAUCAACCAUCUUUCUCGGUUGUCUCUUUUUCGUUUUAAAUCGUCGAAUAAUGCUGUUUCCUUUCCAUUACAGCAUUUUUACUCUAUUUGGGCUCAGUUAUUGUAUUGGUCGUCCUUUUGAUCUUAUAUUUUGCACCAAGAUAUGGGCAUACAAAUGUGUUGGUUUUCACUGGCAUUUGUUCAUUAAUGGGAUCUCUCUCGGUGAUGAGUGUUAAAGCCCUUGGAACCGCACUCAAACUAACCUUUGAGGGAAAGGACCAACUAGUCUACCUGGAGACAUGGUUCUUUAUGUUCAUUGUUGCUACAAGUGUCAUUAUACAAAUAAAUUAUCUCAACAAGGCCCUUGAUACGUUCAACACUGCAGUUGUGUCCCCUAUUUAUUAUGUCAUGUUCACAUCACUUACAAUCAUUGCCAGUGUCAUUAUGUUCAAGGUGAGCAUGCACCUCUAUCCCCUACAUUGUCUACCGGACUCUUCAGUGGUAACCGUGAAACUCUGAAGCAUGAUGAAGAAAAUGAGCUAUCGCCUGAUGAUAUUUGUUUGAGGAAGCAAGAACCGUACUAAGAUGGCUAAAUUAGUAAAUUGGGAGUAUAAACACAUCUAACAUUUUGUGUGCUAUAAGUGCCAAGGUGAAAUCCAAGUUUCAAGAAUCCUUAGACGGUAACAGAGAUGAUUUUGCAAGCAUGAGUCCUGGUUGCACUAGACAAGAAACAAAGUGACUGAAACUACUUAAACAGCUGGGCUUGAAUUUCAUUGUUAAUCAUGUGCAGUACCGGGAUGCUACAAGCUUGGAGAGUGAAUUGGUGGGUGAUGGUGCUUGAAAGGGUGACAUUUUCAAUUGAAAAGCUCAGCAGAUAUGGGUGCUGAAGGAGACCUCAGACCUGGAUUUUGGCAAGGGAAGGUGGGUUUCUGAGAUUGUUGAAAAUUUUAAUUAGGUAGGACAGCAGGAAGAAAGGUAUGCUUGUAGAGUAUGAUACAUAUGGAUAAAUCAAAUGUAGUGUCUAAGAUUAAUUGGAUUUAAAUUGUGGUUGUUGACGUGAUUUAGUUGCAAUGCAAACAUAAUGGAUAUUAUGUGGUAA